AUGAGAGUUUUAUUUCAUCUAUUAGAAUGGUUUAAUCCAACAUGGACUAUGGCUUGGUUGUUAGAUGAAUUACACGAUGAUCUCGCAUUAGAAUUAGAUUUUUUACAUGAGGCAAGAAAUGCUGAACGAUGUCGUGAAAAUUUGAAACAUCUCGAUUAUGUUCAUGUACCUAAAGUUCAUUGGAAUCUGACGAAAAAGCGUAUCUUGACCUAUGAAUUUGUUUCUGGUAUUGCCAUUGAUCAUGUUGACGAAAUGAAAAAGAUGAAUCUCUCAUUAAAAGAUAUUGACGAAAAACUCAUUCGCAUCUUUGCUGAACAAAUAUUUCGUACUGGAUUUGUCCAUGCUGACCCUCAUCCCGGUAAUGUUCACGUUCGAAUCAACAAAAACACUAAAUCCAAAAGUGCUCAACCAGCUCAAAUCGUACUGCUCGAUCAUGGCCUUUACGAAAGUUUACUCAGUGAAGAACGUAAAAUUCUCUGUGAUCUAUGGAUGGCAUCGAUUACUAAUGACCACGUACGAAUGAAACAAGCUGCAACAGCACUGGGUGCUCCGGAGAAAGAUUACGAAUUGUUUUGUACAUUAGUUACAAUGAAACCAUUGCCUGAUACUGAACAAUACGAAAUACCUCCGUACGCAAAAGAUUGGGAUCCGUUGCCGUCAGAAUUACAGAUGAUUGCAUUGAAGAGCGGUAAAUUUCAUAUGCCGAGUGAAGAUGAAUAUAAAAAUGAGUUGAGCGAAGAGCAACGUUUGACAAUUCGCAAACACUUUCGCAAAUUAAUGGAUAAGAAACGCAUUGCAUUGUUACGUAUUCUGAAACAAAUGCCAAAGACGAUGUUUCUUUUAUUAAGAAAUCUGAAUUCCGUGCGAAAUACAUUAAAAAUUCAUAAUAUUUCCGAUGCCAAUCGAACAGCUCUCAUGACGGAAGGGUGUCAACAAGCUUUGAAAGAUUUUCAAACAAAAAAGAAGAAAAUUUAA